AUGACGGAAGACACAGGACACAACGAUGAGGCUCGAAUUGCCUCAAAUUCGAGCCCCGAAAAGGUGACACCGACUGAAACGUGGGGCAGCCGAGGUCGUCAAUUGCAUGAUCCUUGUCUUGAGCCUCAAGGUUCCACUCCUCGGCACAUCUAA